GAAAAGGGAAACGAACGAAAAUAGCAUCAAAACACGCAUCUGGUGGCGACCGCAGAGCGUGCCCACAUGAACCCAACUGCUCUCUUCCUUCUGCUGAAACUUCACACUCCACGCCAGACCACCAAGCUUUACCAGCACCUCCAAUGGCGAGGACUAGUGAAGGUGAGACUGAAAUGGGUGAAGAACAGAGGCCUCGACUACAUCAUCGAUACAGAGACCGAUCUCAAAGCUGUUUGUCUACUCAAAGACGCCAUCAAACGAUCGCCCACCGGCUUCAUUACCUCCAAGACGAUCUCCGACUGGCAAAAGCAUCUUGGCCUCACCAUUCCUGUCCUCCGCUUCAUACGCAGGUACCCGACUCUCUUCCAUGAAUUCCCUCACUCUCGUUAUGCUAACCUUCCUUGUUUUCGCCUCACCGAUACCGCCCUUCUCUUGGACUCCCAAGAACAAGGUAUACACCAAGCCCGAGAGGCUGAUACCGUUGAACGGCUCUGUCGAGUUCUAAUGAUGUUGAAAUGCAAAGCGAUCCCCUUCCAAUCGCUCUAUCAUUUGAAAUGGGAUCUGGGUUUACCUGACAAUUUUGGUAAUAUACUAAUUCCCAAAUACCCAGAUCAUUUUCGGGUUGUUAAGUCGCAGAGCGGGCUUUCGUGUUUGAGCCUUGCUCAAUGGAGGGAAGAAUUCGCCGUCUCUGCAUUGCAGAAAAGCAACGAGAAUUCCGAACUCGGUGAUGGGUACCAGCAAUUUAAGAGGGGAAGAGCAGCACUGACGUUCCCGAUGAAUUUUCCAAGGGGUUAUGGUGCACAGAAGAAGGUUAAGGCUUGGAUGGAGGAUUUUCACAAACUGCCUUACAUAUCCCCCUAUGAGGACUCUACUCAGAUCGAUCCCAAUAGUGACCUAAUGGAGAAGCGGGUUGUUGGGGUUUUACACGAGUUCUUGAGCUUAACCAUCCACAAGAAGACUAAGAGAAACUAUUUGAGGAGCUUGAGAGAAGAAUUGAAUCUGCCUCACAAGUUUACUAGGAUUUUUACGAGGUACCCAGGGAUUUUCUACCUCUCUUUGAAAUGUAAAACGACAACUGUGGCACUCAAGGAAGGGUACCGGCGAGGGAAGUUGGUGGAUCCCCAUCCCCUUGCCCAAAUCAGAGAAAAGUAUUACUACGUCAUGAAGACGGGUGUUCUUUAUCGAGGUAAAGGCGUGGCACUGUUACCAGAAAAAGAUGGCAUGAUUAAUGAUGGAGAGAAUGGGAUGGAACAACAAGAAUCAGAUGAGGAAGAGGUUGAGACGGGUGAUGAAUUAUAUGACGAGGAUACAUCAGACACCGAAGUGGAGUCUGAGGACGAAUAAGACAAUGGUUCAUAGUGCUUCAUCUGACAAGAAAGUUAACAGUUAUGGUGAUGGGAUACUAAUUGGCUGAGAUUGGUAUCGAUAGAUUAUAGAGCUAACUGGCAUACCCUAAAAUAUAUUAAUUGAUAUAGGCCAUAGGUUUGAUUUUCCAGAUCUUGAUUGGUAAUCAUUAUGCUUCUCUAAGUAUCUGGUUAUUAUUUUCUCUGACUAUCUAGUUUUGUAUUGCUGAUGUCAGUAUAACAUUGGGAUUUUAACGUGUUUCUCUA